UCCUGCUAGUGAAAGUGUUUGUACAUACUCGAUUUGUAAGUGACGGUUUUUUUUCGGAACGUUGUUCACGUGCGAGUGUCGGCGAGUGAUCGAUCGGAUGUGGGAUGGAAUUCGGGUGACCAUAAAUGGCGGAAAAGGGUGGUUCGAGGUCUGUAGCAACACCAGCAGACUCCGGCAGACGAAUUCCACGGAUUCCGUAAACGAUUGUCUCGCUUUUGACGACGACGAUGAGUGCGGAAACGAGAGCGAUCCCAUUCCAUCGCUAGUAAAGGAAACUGAUCUACCCCACUCGAACCGGUCCCUUGGACGCCAAUCGUCGGGUAGCCAGAGCAGAGUAGCGAAACGCACUCACGUGCUUUACCACAAUUGGCCAAUUAGGGCAGACAACAUUCCCGACAAGGCAAUAUUCCGGUGGAAACAUUCGUGCCUGUCUGCGUGCGUGCACGUCAACACAUGCCAACGGACAACGUGAUCCCAUUUUCCGCGCACCCGAGGACUUAAGUGAUCCUUCGAAUGAUUCAUCUGCCCACCGAAAAUCGACCUCCAAGGCUCAACAUGCUGCCCAACGUUUGAAAUGUAUCUGUGAAUGAUGUGAACACCCGCCGGAUGUAAACUCGUUUUUAAGGUGUAUUUUAUGUAUUAGCAUGGUUUUAUUUUUAUCAUUAUUGAACGGUUACGGCCGAAACGCAGGAAAGCUUUGGCGUAGGGCUGGCGCAACAUUAUCAUUGUUCUAUUUGUAGUAUUACGGUGCGUGAAUGGGCCUGAGCAUCACGCGAGAGAUAGAAUUCGUGUCGGAAGGGCGCAGAGCGCAAGAAUUGGUAAGCGAAUACUGAUUCAGAUAUAGCGUUACUCAAUUUGAGAACCCCGGGCGGUCUGUCCUUGGCGUCGGGUCGGUUUUAGAGCAACGAAAGCGAAAAUGUAAAAUACCCCUAACAACGCGGGUUCAGUAGUAGGAACCCAGAACAGAUAUGCCCUAGGGGAAGAGCAUGGAAAACCGAAACGCACCCGGUCUAGUAGGUAGAACGGAUGGUUACCGCAAGGGACGCCGAUACAGGGGCGCCAAGUGUUGGGUAAUUCGAGAGCGAAGAUUUAGAACGCUAAAGGUCAUGAGUAAAGUGCACCCGAAGCCAAAUAAAUAGAUAAAUAAGCGAUGAAACAGACGUAGCUCGAAGGAGCAAAAGCGAAAAGACAAAGCUGCGGCCCGCGAGGAGAAAAUAUAGUAGACAAUC